UGCGGCGCGAGCGCCGAGGGCCUGCCAGUGCGAGGAAGCGCCGUGGAACGUAGGGUGGAUCGCAAUGUAUUUGAACGGAACAUAAUAUCUUACAUUAUUUACCAUACAUAUUUUGCGUAUAUUUCAAGAGAUCGCAUUUGAAAGUGGACUGGGAGAGGGGGCAAUACAGGAAUUUAUCCGAAGGGUGUCGAAGAAAGUUUUGUUUGAAUGCCCAAAAAAGAAUCUGCCCAGGUUUAACCAUGAAUAAAAACAAGCGUGAGAAGGAGUACUACAGUAUAGAUGUUGGGGACUCUACAUUCACAGUUUUGAAGCGCUAUCAGAACUUAAGGCCCAUUGGUUCCGGGGCGCAAGGAAUUGUCUGCUCGGCGUAUGACCACAACCUAGAACGGAAUGUCGCAAUUAAGAAACUCAGUCGGCCUUUCCAGAACCAAACCCAUGCCAAACGAGCAUACAGAGAACUGGUCCUUAUGAAGUGUGUCAACCACAAAAAUAUUAUUGGCCUAUUAAAUGUAUUUACGCCGCAAAAAUCACUUGAAGAAUUCCAAGACGUUUACCUUGUGAUGGAGCUGAUGGACGCCAACCUCUGCCAAGUGAUUCAGAUGGAGCUGGAUCAUGAGCGGCUGUCCUAUCUCCUAUACCAGAUGCUGUGCGGAAUCAAGCACCUUCACGCGGCUGGAAUUAUACAUAGGGAUUUGAAGCCGAGUAACAUUGUGGUGAAGUCAGACUGCACCCUGAAGAUCCUGGACUUCGGGCUGGCCAGGACCGCCGCCACGGGUCUGCUGAUGACUCCUUAUGUGGUGACACGCUACUACCGAGCCCCCGAGGUCAUCCUAGGAAUGGGAUACCAGGCCAAUGUUGAUGUCUGGUCAGUCGGCUGCAUCAUGGCCGAAAUGGUCAGAGGCAGCGUGCUGUUUCCCGGCACAGACCAUAUUGAUCAGUGGAACAAAGUCAUCGAGCAGCUGGGAACCCCAUCCCAGGAGUUUCUGAUGAAGCUGAACCAGUCCGUUCGGACCUACGUGGAGAACCGGCCCAGGUACGCAGGGUACAGCUUUGAAAAGCUGUUCCCCGACGUCCUGUUCCCCGCGGAUUCUGACCACAACAAACUGAAAGCGAGCCAGGCCAGAGACCUAUUAUCCAAGAUGCUGGUAAUAGACGCGUCCAAACGGAUCUCGGUGGACGAGGCCCUCCAGCACCCCUACAUUAAUGUCUGGUAUGAUCCCGCUGAGGUCGAGGCGCCACCGCCCCUGAUCACCGACAAGCAGCUAGAUGAGAGGGAGCACACAGUGGAGGAGUGGAAAGAGCUGAUAUACAAGGAGGUGCUGGAGUGGGAGGAGCGGACGAAAAACGGGGUGAUCCGAGGACAGCCUGCCUCUUUAGGUGCAGCAGUCAUAAGCGGCUCGCAGCACCUGUCGUCGUCCUCGUCUGCCGACGUGUCGUCCAUGUCCACCGACCCCACCAUGGCUUCCGACACGGACAGCAGCUUAGAGACGUCCGCUGGGCCCCUCAGCUGCUGCAGAUGACCGGCGUACCCUGCUCCCACCGUUUGUGUUAGAUGGUAUAGAGUUUAGGCCAGUUUAAAAAAAAAAAAGAAAA